CGAGUGAAUGCCAGAGAGUUUUUUGAUGGCGACAGGUCUGCCGACGUGGCAGAACAUGAUGAUGGAUGCUUAGUAAACGGACCCGUCGCCAAGUUUUUUUAAAAAAUAGGCAAAAAGAAAAGAGGAAACUACAGGACAUUGUGGGAAUGGACGAGUCUUUUGAUCCACUCAAGUGUAACGAAGACCUGCCUUCCUCACCUGGGUGCCACAUGGAUUACGAUGACAUGCCAGAGCUACAGGAGGUGGAGGAGGACCAGAGGGCUCCUGGGUUAUUUCAGGUCAGAGCAGGAGUGUCUCACCAGGAGCUCAGCUGUUCCCCCAGCACCAACUGGCUCACUGAACUGGCCAACAUUGCCACCAGUCCUCAGAGCCCUUUGCUGAAGGACGCCCUACAUAAGAGAUCAGCUCCAGUCCACAUCUUUGGCAACAGUAAUAGUUUACAUUCCUACGCACGGCCACCAUUAGCCAGCAGCGCACCCAACCCGUCCAGAGGCCACCUCAGGGAGCGCAGGCGUGUCAGGGCGAGUAGUGAAUCAGAGUCGGGUGUUUUCUCAAUGUCCUCGUCCUUCUCUGAUGAUGAAGACAUGGCCUGGUCUCACUCCUGGCCCUCUACCGCCUGGCAUUGCUUCCUGAAAGGAACUCGCCUGCGCUUCCAUCGCGGCCCUAAUGUAGAGUGGCAGGAAGCCGAUGAACUCAGGGAUUCAGAUGAUGACUCAGAGGAUGAAACCAUGAUGCCAUCCUCCUCAUCUCUCAAGAGAUAUGGUUCAGGGGGGCUGAAGCUGGUGAGCCAUGAGGAGACAGUAUCUUUUGGCCAGGCAGCUCUUAAACUGACCUUUGACCCCGGCUCACCUGAUGAGAGCUUUUUAACAGCCGAAUGCCGACUAGAUCACCCAUUUUUUGUCAGAAAUAAAGGUUGGGCUUCCUUUUAUCCAAGCCUUACUGUGGUGCACCAUGGGAUCCCUUGCUAUGAGAUGCAGCUCGCUGACGUGUGCCUGCCACCAAACCACCCAGAUGCCAUUAACUGUGAUGACUCAGUCGUUUUUGACACUUUCAGAAGUUACGACUUCACCCCACUAGAUUCCUCAGCAGUGUAUGUUCUCAGCAGCAUGGCUCGUCAGCGCAGGACCUCCCUGUCCAGUGGAGGCGCUGUGAGUCCAGACUGUGACAAGCUUGAGCGCUCCAGCUCCCCGCAAUCCUCAAGUAGCAAAUCAAACCGGAGCCAAACCUCAGGGACAGCCAUCGUUGCCACGCCCGUAAGAUGCAAGCGGCCAAUGAAUGCCUUCAUGCUCUUUGCCAAGAAGUACAGAGUGGAGUACACACAGAUGUAUCCUGGGAAGGACAACAGAGCCAUUAGUGUCAUCCUUGGAGACAAGUGGAAGAAGAUGAAGAAUGAGGAGAGGAGGAUGUACACGAUGGAGGCCAAAGCUUUGGCUGAGGAGCAGAAGAGGCUCAAUCCAGACUGCUGGAAACGCAAAAGAACCAACUCGGGUUCCCAGCAGUAGUUAAUCCCCCAGAAUCCCUGGCUGCUGGCGUUUCUUUGGCGUGGAGAGGUGCUGGACAGAGUCUGAGGGACCGCUUGAUGCCUCUUUGCUCUCCUGUAUUCUUGAUACUCAACUGUGAUGCUGACUUCACUUCCCUUUUCUUUUAACCUUGAAACAUUUAUAGAGUCAAACCAGAUUAUGAACUAUAAACGAAGCAUGUAAUCUAGUCACUAACAGUGCAUAUAUUUUCUUAUAUCUUUAACGUCCAAGAUGUCUUAUUCCCCUGAAAUAAGGAGGAAUGAAUCCUCUGGCGGAUUUCAGGUUAUUUCAUAUUCAAGGUUGAAAAUAAAGAUGACAUCAUGUGGUGCUAUGCUUCAAUGUAGAAGGAGCAGGAAAACAACAAGUGUCUAUUUAUAAUAAUUCAAAAAGGGGAUUUUAGGUAACUUUUCACAACUGUUCAUAUGGAUUAUAUUUGUAAGAUUCAAUCUAUUGCACAGAUUGGUAACCCUUUCAUACAUUUUUGUAUUACAGUCUAUAUUCUGCAGCUGAACUAUAUGGCCAACAGUUUGCGAUACUGUCCUGCCAAGUCUGUAGAUGGGUUUUCUUUUGCUCAGCCACCCAGCCAUGUGAUGUGAAGGCAUCGAGCAUGUGGUGGUGGGUUUACACUCAGCACUUCAGGCUUCACUGCAAGUGCUUGUUUCUUUUGCACUUUAUAUAAAUAUGUAAUCUAAUCAUAUACAGCCAUUGUAUACAGGUGGAAACCAUUUGUAUAAAACAGUAUCUCGGUAGUUAGCUGCGGCUCAGUGGCCAUGGUCUGCAGUCAGGUUGCUAAAUGAGUUUUAAGUGCUUUGUCCAUAAUGUACAGGUUUUCAUAGCCCCGAACAUCCUCUUGCACAGAAUAUCCUUGUAUCAUAUUAUAAAUAAUUGUUUUUUAAAACUUGCAUCUUAUCCAAGUGUUUCUUUUUCAUAAACUGUAAGCUGUAAUCACAACAUGUGGGGAUGCUUGGGUUUGUGUUAUAUUUCAUGUUUUUGUCUGUCCCUUUAGCUUCCUCCCAUGAACGCAUGUCCUUCUCCGACACUCUGAACCCAGGCAUGUCUGAAGCUUUAAGAGCUCUUGAUAUUCACUGAUCUAAAUGUCCAACCAGUAAAGCUUGAUGUUUCCAGGUAACAACACAGUUAAAGAGUGUUUUUAUUCUUCCCUGCCACAUCAAAACGAUCGGGAACAGAUGCUAAUAAAGCCUCCAAAGUAGCAA